UGUGUUUUUAAACUUUUCAGGAGCAAAAGUUGCAGCUGCAGACACAAACGAAAGACAGCCACCUGAACCAGCUGGGAGAAGUGGAGAGGCGUUUCGCCGUCAUCUCCAGACAGUGUGCCAUGGUCAAACAGGCCCAUGACAAACUCGAACAAAAUGUUGAAGAGGCCAUGCGAAUGAAUAAAAAGCUCACAUCCAUCAAUGAAAAACAAGAAUCUUCGAUUAAAGCCUUGAAAGAGGAUUUGGAGAGAAUCAACAAAGAGCUGGUCACAUUCAAAGUGUCGUCGGUCUGCAAACCUGGAGAGGAACGUUUACAAAAUGUUCUGAAAGAGCAAGAGUUUCAACUGCUUCAGCAGAAACUCCGUGUGGAAACAGAACUUAACAAAAAACUGAGAAAUGAAAUGGCCACAGAAAGGGCAGAGAAGCAGGAGGUAUUGAGAUCCCUCCACCACAGUCAGAGUUUGCUGCAGAGACAGACAGAAUCUCUGAGCCGAGCAGAGAAGGAGCAUCGCAAACUCUGUGAAGAAUAUCAGGUCCUUAAAACAGAACAUGAAUUGAACCAAGAGAGGACUAAAGAAAAAGACGACGGCUUUGCUCGCUUGAGAGAUGAAUACCAAAAUUCUAAACUUGCUUGGGAAAAAGAGAUUCUGCGAUUGCAAAUGUCAACGGAGUCUGGUCAAGAAGAGCUGCAAGCGGUAAAAGAGGCAUAUAAUCAACUUCAAGAAGAGCACAAACAGCUGUCUAUUUCUGCAGUUCAUAAAGCCAAAGAAAUUCAUAACUCUGAGAUUGCCAUAAAAGAUCAAGAAAAUUCUCUUUGUACAGCAUCUAAUGAGAUUAACCUUGUGAAGGCGAGCAGUCUCCAUGAAGAUCUUGAGGAGAGUCUUAUUAGUCCUCAUGAUAACCAUGAACAAACAUGUCACCCUGAUAAAGACGUUCCGGAUGAAAGCAUCGAGUUUCAAAAGGCUAGAAAAGAUGGCUGCUCUCAGAACAACAACAAGGAACUUGACAUUCCAAUGCAGGCAGAUAGAACAGUACCUGUAGUCUCACCAUCGGUUUCAACUGAUAACAUCUCAAGGCCUGAGGAUGUCAAUCCCAUGAUAAAGCACCUGUCAAAGCUGUGUGAUGAAACAAAAACCGGUGUCAGUGAAAGUGAGCCAGUCUACAAGGCAGAUGAUAAAGGAUGCCCCUCAAACCCAGUCCAAAGUGACACAGACAGUUAUCUUGCUGAGCUAUCAGGGCCUGAAACCAGGUCUGUUUAUGGUGUAGACAGCGACCCUUUGGCUUUGAAACCAAAAGAUAGACUGCUGGAACAGAAUCUGUGUAUUUCUGAAGUGACUGAAUCCCAGACAUCAGAUAAACACAUGGACAGCCAGGGAUAUGCUACAUCUCAGUCCAAAGAAGUCAAAGACCACCAGAAUGCCGCACCUGAAUUUCUCCACAAAGUUUCACAAAAGGAAAGUCAAACAACUGCAGAGAGGCUUUCAGAAGACAAAACUGCAAACUCAAAUCCACAAGACACAGUUGUGUUUUACGACAAAACGACCAUUACAGAAGAAAUGAUUGAUUCCCAACUAAGCCCAUGCCACCAAACCGUUCAUGAGGAGCCUGAAACCAGCUUUGAUACUGCGAGUGCCACAAUAACUUCAGAUACACUCCUUCAUGAGUCCAAAGAUCAGUUCUCUCCACCUGAAUUGAUUUGUGAACAUUCACAAAGCCAGGUAUCCCAAGUGGGCGGCUCAACUGAAACAAGCCUCUACAAUGUGGUCAACAAGCUGGAAUCUAAAGAGUUGCCUCUUGUUGAUCAGACCACUUCAGUGACUGCAGUUGACACAGUGGAGGUCAUAUCAGAAAAUAACGAUCAAAACAAUGAUUCAGAACCACUGAAAUCUCAACAGAUUGAAAUGGGUGUUUCUACUGAAGAAGCCAAGAUCACAAACCCAGAACAAGAUCCUUCUUCUCCUGGGUCUACAACAGCAAAUUACCAAUCAGAUGUUGACCAGAAGAGCAUUCCAGUGGUAGAUGCUUCAAACGAUCCUGGAAAUAAAAGAUAUGAGUCGUCCUUUGCGUGGGACACAUUUAUGAAAGGGAAAAAGAUGCCACAUACAACACCGUUAAGAACUGAGCUGUGGUCCUCUGGAUUUCAUGAGCUUGUUUCUCCAUUUUGUGCUCCCAUAUUUAUGAAGAAUAAAUUGCCAAAAACAGCCAUAAUGAAGACUCCUGACAGACUGGAAACCCCAAGCAAGCGUCAAGGAGAGUGGAAUGCUAUCAAGCAGUCUUUUUCUGAAAUGUUAACAGAGAAAGAGAAUCAAGUUCUUAUCUCCUACAGCUCGACUCUGAGUGGCAGUCCAACCUCUUCUUCUGUGGGUAAUGGGCUGCGACAAAACUCCACUCCUACCGGUCCUCCUCCCAAACUCCAGAGCGUGGAGAAACCGACCCGGCCAAUGGCAUCUAGUUCUGAAAGAAAAGAAGAACGAAAACAAUCUGACAUAAUGGCCCAAAUUGCAAAAAUUGAGGAAUUUAUGUCAACUGAAGGGUUGUUCCAGUCUGAGCAUACCAAACUGAAUGAAUUAAUGGCCUUGCAGCUGGCGGCAAGCCAGUGUUUUAAAUACCUCAGCGAAUCUCAGACGAUUCUCAGCCUUUGCCUUAUCGGCAGUUCACCACAAAUCCACAACCACCUGCAUGUUAUUUUAAUAGCAUCUCCCAACGCCUCAGGCCUUGUGUAG